UUUAACAUAUAUCCGUAGCUUGGCUUAUUUUCAUCGUUUAUGACUAGGUUGUUUGGUGUCUUCGUAGUGCAAACGCGCGACCACCAUGAAUAUGUUUUGGCUUCUGGGAGUGAUUUCCUGCUAUGGGAUUUUCAUUGGCACUGGUACGGGUGUCCGUGUUUCUACAAGUCCGAAUGUUGUUAACAUUGGCGCUAUUUUGUGUUUCAAUUCUUCCAUUGGGAAAGUUGCAAAAGUUGCAAUUGAAGCUGCAGUCGAAGAUGUGAAUUCAAAUCCAGCGGUUCUAAAAGGAACUAAACUGAAACUUGCCACGCAGGAUACAAAACAAUCUAGCGGAUUUCUGGGAAUCGUUGAGGCUUUGCGGUUUGUGGAGAAUGAUACAGUGGCCAUAAUCGGUCCCCAACAUUCAGUUAUGGCCCAUUUAAUUUCACAUAUUGCGAAUGAGCUCCAAGUCCCUCUAUUAUCCUUUGCUGCAACAGACCACACCCUGAAUUCACUCCAGUUCCCUUACUUUGUCAGAACAACACAAAGUGAUCUCUUUCAGAUGGCUGCUGUAGCAGAAAUUGUAGGCUUCUACGAAUGGCGAGACGUAAUAGCUAUCUAUGUUGAUGAUGAUCAUGGCAGAAAUGGGGUUGCUGCAUUAGGUGACAAGCUUGCCGAAAAACGUUGUAAAAUCUCGUACAAAGCACCUAUGAGGCCCAAAGUAGACCAGAAUGACAUCUCUGAUACACUGUUUAAGGUGGCUAUGAUGGAGUCUCGGGUUAUUAUCCUCCACAUAUAUUCUGCUUGGGGUCUAGAUGUACUUGAUAUGGCACGUAAGAAUGGGAUGAUGGGAAAUGGAUAUGUGUGGAUAGCUACUGAUUGGCUCUCUACUGUACUUGACACAGAACCUUCCAUCCCUUCAGCGGCAAUGGAUAGUAUUCAAGGGGUUCUUACGAUGCGUAUGCACACUCCAGAGUCAGAUCUCAAAAGGAAAUUUGUCUCUAGAUGGAGCAACUUGACUGCUGCGAAGACAAAUGACAGCCUUUUUAGGCUAAAUACGUACGGUCUGUAUGCCUACGACACUGUUUGGCUUCUUGCACAUGCACUUGACGCAUUUUUAAAUCAGGGGGGAAACAUUUCAUUUUCAAAGGAUUCGAGUUUAACUGAGUUUCACGGAGGGAACUUGCAUUUUGAUGCCAUGAGCAUCUUUGAUGGAGGGAAGGUGUUGCUUAACCAUAUUUUACAGGUUAAUAUGACGGGUUUAAGUGGCCCAAUGAAUUUCACUUCAGAUGGGGAACUCAAUGGUUCUGCAUAUGAAGUAAUCAAUGUCAUUGGUACGGGGGUCAGGACAAUUGGUUAUUGGUCCAAUUCUUUCGGGUUAUCAAUGGCACCUCCAGAAAAGCUGAAUGCACAACCAAACAGGUCUUCAAAUCAACAAUUGUAUGGUGUAAUCUGGCCAGGACAAAUCACUCAAAAGCCUCGUGGAUGGGCAUUCUCAAGCAAUGGAAAGCAACUACGAGUUGGAGUCCCAAAUCGAAUUAGUUAUCGUGAAUUUGUGUCACAUGUAGAAGGCUCUGAUAACUAUGUUGGAUAUUGUAUUGAUGUAUUUAAUGUUGCAAAGGAACAAUUGCCAUAUGCAGUCCCACAUAAGUUUAUUUCAUUUGGGGAUGGACAUAGCAAUCCAAUCGCCGUUGAUCUUCUGCACAAAAUCACAACGGGUGAAUUAGAUGCUGUGGUUGGUGACAAUGUAAUUACCACCAACCGGACAAAGAUGGUGGAUUUCACGCAGCCAUAUAUCGAGUCUGGGCUUGUCGUAGUGGCCCCAGCUGUUCAAAAGCUCAACUCUAGUGCUUGGGCGUUUCUGAGACCAUUUACUCCAAUGAUGUGGUUUGUCACAUGUUUAUUUUUCCUUGCUGUGGGAGUAGUUGUUUGGAUUUUGGAGCGCAGAACAAAUGAUGAUUUUCAGGGCCCUCGUAGAAAACAGGUUGCCACCAUUGUUUGGUUUAGCUUUUCAACUUUGUUUACUGCUCAAAGAGAAAAGAUUGACAGCGCUCUCGGUCGCUUAGUGCUUCUAAUAUGGCUUUUUGUAGUUCUAAUACUCAAUUCUAGUUACACUGCAAGUCUGACCUCAAUCCUCACGGUCGAACAACUUUCUUACUCUAUCAAAGGGAUUGAAAGUUUAAUCAUAAGCGACGAUCCCAUUGGUUACCAGCGUGGUUCAUUUACUGAAAAGUAUUUGAUGGAGGAGCUCAACAUAAAGAAGUCCAGGCUUGUUCCUCUUGACUCAGAGGAAGAGUUUGAGAAAGCCUUGAAAGAUGGCCCCAACAAGGGUGGUGUUGUUGCAGUGGUUGACAGGAGAGCAUACAUGGAGCUCUUCCUCUCCAGCAGAUGUGAAUUCGGUAUAGUAGGUCAAGAGUUCACCAAAAUGGGAUGGGGUUUUGCUUUUCCACGGGAGUCGCCCUUAGCAGUUGACAUGUCAAUUGCUAUCUUAAAGCUAUCAGAGAGUGGGGAAUUACAAAAGAUUCAUGACAAGUGGCUUUCAAGACAAGCUUGCAGCUCAGAAGGUGCAAAGCAAGAAGUAGACCGUCUUCCGCUUACAAGUUUCUGGGGGCUCUUUUUACUGUGUGGUGCAGCUUGCUUUGUUUCUCUCAUUUUGUAUCUUGUUAAGAUGGUUCACCAAUACACGAGGCAUUCUGGCCGGAGCUCGCAAUCAUUUCUCUCUUUUGUUAAAGAAAAGGAAAACCAUGUUCAUAAAAUGGAAGAGCCAGAAAAUAGCAGAGACAAUAGAAAGUGAAGGAAGAAGGAGAAAAUCAGACACUAGAUUUGAAGAUUAUUUCUUGAAUAAGAUCAGCCCGAGAAUUGAAAGAAUCGUACAAAAUAAUUGAAGAAUAUUUAGAUAUUUUUUUUUUUUUUUCAUUUAAG